AUGAGAGAUUUGCGAGAAGAGGAGCCUGAGCUCGAUCGAGCUGAGGAUCGAGCUGAGACAAGCUCAGGAAUGCGGAUUUGGGGAAAGCCAUGGAAAGAUGCAAAAGUCCAUGGACAAGAUGGUGAGCAAGAUCAAAGUUUGGAGAAGAAGGUUUCUGGUUCUUCAAGCAAGAAGAAGAAGUCCAAGGCCCCCACUUCCCUAGGAGUAGAUCACUCCUCACCACUCCAAGGAGGCUCCCUGCCCAAGAGCCUCACAGAGCCUCUUCUUUCGAGCCAAGGGAAGGAGAAGACAACUCGCAGAGAAGGAGGAAGAGCUUCCAAGGCCAGACGCUCCAGCUCGACCACCGGACUCGAUCGAGUCCAAACAGAGGAAACUCAACUCGAUCGAGCUGAGGUCGAGUUGACCUGGAGGAGCCCCUGUUUGAGAACCGGAUUCGAGUACGAUCCAACGCCUACCAGGACUUCUCUCAGAGAUGGACCCCUACAACCGCUUCGAGCAGCCAGCUCCACCAAGGCCAAGGGAGCCACACACACUUCGAUGAAGAAGAGGAAGAAGAGGAGCCGCAAGCUCGAUCGAGUCUUUUGGAGCAUUCUGGAGCAUAUGGGACGUGAGGAGCAUGGAGGGACUUGGCACAUGGACGCAGCUCAACUGGAUACGCAAAGGAAGAAGGGAGAAGCCAUCUUGAAGACCAGCUCGACCAACCGGUCGAGUUCCUCAACUCGACCGGCCAAGCUUCAACUCGAUCGAGCUGAGAAGUCAAAGUCAAACCCGAAAAAUGUUGCUUCCCCCUUGACUUUCCUUUGA